GUACAGGCUCCGUGCGCCUGUUUCACCGUGUUAGUGUCGAUGUGAUGCGGCGCGUUGAGGUGAACACAGGCUGCGUGAGUGUGACCGCGCAUCAGUAGCCCGUCCGUCGGUGUGUCAGCCUGUCGGAGCUCCGAGCACAGGCGGGAAUGGAGCGGGGCGACGGGGACGAGAAUGAGAGCAGCGCGUCCCAACAAAACACGAUGUGGAAGCAGUUCCAAGCCCGAGCCAAGCCGCUGCUCAGCCCCAAGCUGGGCUCCAGAGAGCCCGACGACAAGAAGGAGCGCGGCAUGUGGAUGUUUAGGAAGAUGAAGCGGAAGGAGAACGUCGUCCUGGACCGAGUGAUCUCCUCCUCGCAGCCUGACCUGCUCUUCUCCUCCCAGGUGGAGGCGAAGGAAGCUCCGCUCUGCGGCAAGGCGGCCGGGAGCGGCUCUAAGCUCGGCCGGGAGAAGCUGCAGGCGUCCGUCAAACACAAGUCCGGCAGUCCGCACAAACCCACGGUGGCUCAGCUGGUGCAGUCCCACCACAAGAGCUCCUCUCUGGGCUCUGCGUGCCUGGAGAGGCUGGCCGAGCCGUCCGACAGCAGCGGCGGGGGCGGCAACGACGCGGCAACAGCUGCAGCGGAGCCACAGCUGGAGGGCAACGAUGUUGAUCCGGGGAUGGGAGCUUCGUGCUCCUCGGCGGCACCUCCUGAGCGAGCCGCCCCCAGCUCGGGGUUGUACAAGCUGGACAUCGAGCUGAAGAGGGGACACAACCUGGCCAUCCGAGACAGAGGAGGCACCAGUGAUCCCUAUGUCAAGUUCAAGCUCGCAGGUAAAGAGGUGUUCAGGAGCAAAACCAUCCAUAAAAACCUUAACCCAGUGUGGGAUGAGAAGACAACGUUAAUAGUGGACAGUCUGAGCGAGCCACUGUAUGUGAAGGUGUUUGACUACGACUUCGGCCUUCAGGACGACUUCAUGGGUUCUGCUUUUCUUUAUCUGGAGUCUCUCGAGCAGCAGAGAACGAUACCUGUGACUCUGGUGCUGAAAGACCCUCAUUAUCCUGAUGAGGAUCUGGGCAGUCUGGAGCUAGCCGUCACCCUCACGCCUAAAGACAGUCCCAUCGAAGACAGACGAGACUCAACGACUAUGCUGCUCAGGAGGUCCUGGAAACGAUCCACUAAGCACCAGCAGUCAAUACGUCUCUCAGAGCUGCAUCGGAAGUCUCAGCUCUGGCGAGGGAUUGUCAGCAUUGCGCUAAUUGAGGGUCGAAACCUCAUCCCCAUGGACCCCAACGGUCUGAGUGACCCAUAUGUCAAGUUCAGACUGGGACCGCAGAAGUACAAGAGCAAGACGGUGCCAAAGACCCUGAGUCCUCAGUGGAGGGAGCAGUUCGACCUGCAUCUGUAUGAAGAGACCGGAGGGAUUCUGGAGAUCACGGUGUGGGACAGAGACACCGGCAGGAGAGACGACUUCAUCGGACGCUGCCAGUUGGACCUCUCCACUCUGUCCAAAGAGCAAACCCAUCACCUGGAGCUGCCGCUGGAGGAGUCCCGGGGCUUUGUGGUGCUGCUGGUUACGCUGACUGCCUCGGCCGCCGUCUCCAUCGCUGACCUCUCCGUCACACCGCUGGACGACCCACAGGAGCGCAGGGAGAUACUCAAACGAUACGGCAUGAUGAAGUCAUUCUCCAACCUGAAAGAUGUGGGCAUCGUGCAGGUGAAGGUGAUGAGAGCAGAGGGACUCAUGGCUGCAGACGUAACCGGUAAAAGUGACCCUUUCUGUGUGCUGGGGCUGAAUAACGACAGACUGCAGACACAUACUGUUUACAAGAACCUCAAUCCAGAGUGGAACAAAGUCUUCACCUUUAAUUUGAAGGACAUCCACUCAGUGUUGGAGGUGACGGUGUUUGAUGAAGACAGAGACCGGAGCGCAGACUUUCUGGGAAAAGUGGUCAUUCCUUUAUUAAAUAUCCGUAAUGGCGAGCAGAAGGGCUACGUGCUAAAGAAUAAGGAGCUGACCGGCCCGACCAAAGGAGCCAUCUAUCUGGAGAUCGACGUCAUCUACAACACUGUUAAAGCUGCUUUGAGGACUGUGGUCCCUGCAGAGCAGAAAUACAUGGAGGAAGAACCAAAAGUGUCCAAGCAGUUGCUCCAGCAGAACUUUAACAGGGUGAAGCGGUGCAUCAUGGUCCUCAUCAGCUAUGGGACGUAUAUCAACAGCUGCUUUGAAUGGGAGUCUGCACAGCGGAGCAUCUUUUCAUUUGUGCUGUUUGUGGUGGUGGUGUGGAACUUUGAGCUCUACAUGCUGCCUCUGGGCCUGCUGCUGCUGCUGGUCUGGAACUUCUUCUUCUCCUCCAGCAGGGAUAUGGCUGACGUGUCCAUGGAGGCCAUGUUCGAAUGGGAAGAUGAAGACGAGGAUAAAGACGACAAGGACUCAGAGCACAAGGGCUUCAUGGAUAAACUGUACGCCAUCCAGGACGUGUUCAUCAGCGUGCAGAACGCUCUGGACGAGGUGGCGUCGCACGGAGAGAGGAUAAAGAACACCGUGAACUGGACAGUGCCUUUUCUGAGCUGGUUGGCGAUCACUGCCUUAUUGUUAGCCACAAUUCUGCUCUACCUCAUACCUCUACGGUACCUUGUGCUCGCAUGGGGUGUGAAUAAGUUCACCAAGAAGCUCCGUGAUCCGUACAUGAUCGACAACAACGAGCUUCUUGACUUCCUCUCCAGAGUGCCCUCUGACGUUCAAGUGAUGCAGUAUCGUGAGCUGAGGGUGGAUCCCGGACAAAGCCCCAACAAACGACGGAGGACCAACCUGAGCUAACUGUAUACAUUUUAUCUGUAAACAAUGUAAACUACGUUAUUUAUAUAUUUCUUGUAUAUUUUGAUUAUUAUGAGAACUGUUGAGUUGUUGUUUGUUUUGUUACUGUGGGAAAAUUUAUUUUCUAAAUCUUGUAAAGGAGAAAAACGACGCUCUUUGAGGUUUUUUUAAAUCCCAUUUCUUUCUUGUAAGAAUGCUCCACGCAAACUUAUAAUCCCAGUGACAAUGAAUGUCACAUACUGUACGUACAUGUGUGUUAUACAGAGUCUGCAUGUGAUGAAGGUGUGCUGCAUGGAAACCGUUGCAUUUCCUUUUCUUUUUGUUUUUUUUUACAUUUCUGUACUGUUUUGUGUGGAUGUAUUGUCAGUGUGUGUUUUAAAGAUAGAGCUGCAUGUUGUUACUGCCGCUGUUAUUGCGUGUGAUCACAGUAUAGACAAUGAUGCCUCAUACUUCAUAAACUCCACACGACGUUGCAUGAUAAAUUUACAAAUUGCUCCUUUAUGUUUGUAGUUAAAAACAGAGAAGUAGCAUCAGCUGGGCUUGAGUCAGGGAAACGAGUGUUGCUAUGUUGAUUUAGACCAAAGAAAAAGGUGCACAUGCCUAAUUUUACAUAUUACGUUGAAUUUAUCCUGAAGAGCAAACCUAGCAAAGGGCCCCAAAUCCACAGAUAUGCUAUAGAAGUUUAUUAAUGGCUAAUCAUCAUCACCUUUCUCUUUAGUUGUCGCUCUCUGUUAUGAUUGAAGUUAUAUUAUAAGUUUAUAUUUUCCUCUUUUGUUGUAUAUUUGUGUUUUACCAAAUCGUUUUCACUGUUUUAUGCAUGUAAAGUAAUUAACGGCCAGAAACUUUUGAUUGACUUUGUGUUGUUUUGUCACCUGUUUAAGACUGCGACUACCAAGAACUGAGGCCCGGGCAGCAAGUGUUGUGAAGAGUUGCUUUUUUGAGGCUCUAAAGCUACUCGAAAACUCUUAAAAGUUUGCCUCAAAGUGGUGAAACUUUUUUUUUUUGUAUGUUUAUUUUUAGGGAUGUUCCAACCCCGUCUUAGAAAUCUGGAUUGGAGCCAACCAAGGCAUUUUUAAGUGAUUGUAUCAGUCCAACCCUGAGCCUGAUCAUUUGUUGAUGUGUGGGAAAUGAAGAACACACUUCAUGGCAAGAUGCUACGGAUGCAAGUGUUGAGUCAUUUUUUAGUAAAUAAUCAGCAGCCUUUACAGUGGACAAUUGAUUAUUGAUAACACAAACUGAUCCCAGUGGAUGUUUAUCCCGUGUGGAUGUUGCUGUUUUAGUCAGUGUUAGCAUGAUAUGGGCUCCACAUGUAGCUCCAUUACAAAGGUCAUGCCACAUUUUUGAAAAAAGUGACCUUUGACCUCUAGCGGAGCUACUUUUGCACUGAUUUAACCAAAAUCUAAACUUUCCAAGGAGAGGCCAUUCUUAGCUCGUGUGUAAAAUAUCUAAUUGUUAGAUCGUAGUACUCGAGCUAGAGACUGUUCACAGACACACAGAUGGGACGAUAACUUCACAGUUUUCAGUCGUCAGGGGCAACUACAAUAACUUUAAUGUACUUGAAGUGUGUACAGUCGAGGAAAAUGGAAUCAGAUUGGGAUUCAGUAUCAGCAGAUACUACAUUUUCAGUGACUCAGAUUGGAUCAGAGCCAACAAACCUGAUCAGGACACUUCUAGUUCUUUUAUGGCCUGACUAGUUAGGCUUAAUGAGGCCCGCUGCAAAACUUCAUAGUAGCAUCCACAUUUGGUUUUACUUACAUGUACCAAGUUUUGUUGUGUCCCAGUGUUAAUACAGCUAAACUUUAAUAUUGAGUUAAAAUCGUAUCGACUCCUACUGGACACAUUCAGUCUGACCAAUGUUACAAACAUCUGUUGAUUUAAGUUCAGUUUACAUGCACGUGUAUGGGUGUAUUACAUGAUGUACAGUAAUGUAAUACGUGUGCACCGCCAAGCAUUCCAAGCAGGGCAUAACUGAUUACUUGUUUGUUAUGUGACCUCAGUGGGAUAAGAACUGAAUGUUUACUGCAUACGAUUUUUAUAAGAGAGUGAAAAAAAAAA